AUAAGACAUGGACGAUCCAAUUAAAAGUGGACGAGGAAGAGGUGGCCGUGGAGCCCCAUUCGGUGGUCCGACAACUAAGAAAGAACUAAGACGACCGAUGUUUGCUGCGUCUCCGCCUCCUCCGGCUGAACCGGAGGAUCCGCCUGCCGUUUCCGAAACCUCCGCCGACGAUGUUGCAGAGCGCCUCAACCAGAUCAAUAUUCAAUCCGACGACGGAAACUUCAAUGUGAACGCAUCUGAAUUUGUUCCAAAGUUUGGAUUGAGUGUGGCCGCCGACGCUUUCUUUCCUUAUCAGGAGGAGGAGAUCAUCCCAAUCCAAGAGGAAGAGAAGCAUGGUCCUGCUGUCUCUAUACUGUACGAAGCUAUGUACCAGCUAACCCUUGAACCUGGAAGAUUUGACAGUAUUGCUCGACAAUUAACGCAGGAUUUAAACCUUGUUAUAAAAGAAUAUUCUACAAUGGAGACUUUGGCUGAGGUGAUUCUUGAAAAUGGAAUCAAUGAACCUAACUUCAGAUAUACUGGAGCAAGAUUAUGUGAUUAUCUCUCUCUCCAUCUAACCAUGAUUAUUGAGGGAGCCACCCUUAGACAGAUUCUAAUGCAGAAAUGUAAUCGUGAGUUUAAACUCCGGGAUAAACUGAUAGCAGAAAAUUCUACCAGAUUACGCGGAUUUACAAUAUUCAUUGCAGAACUGUUCCAGCAGCUAGAAAUUCAGGUGGGUGCUGUAGUACAGAGGGUCCAGGUUCUAGGAAAUGCUAUCCUGGAGUUAAUAAUCACAUUGGGAACUCAUCCUGACAAGGAGAAUAUUAAGUGCAUUGUUCAAACCUUGAAAUGUUGCGGAAGUGUUCUAGAAGAAGAGGAAAGAUCUAAACCAGGAAAUAACGGUACUACGCCGAUAAUAGACAAAACAUUUAAAUUCCUGGUCGAGCUGAGCAGUAAUCCUGAACUGGAACCUGGUCUAGGAGAUAUGCUACUUCACUUGGUUAAUCUUAGAUCUGCAAACUGGGGGCACUCUCCCCCUUCCACAGCCCAGGUGUUGUCUGAUCUGCCUGGUCCUCUAGAUUUAGAACCGGUUUUCUACGCACCUGACGGUCAGGUUCUCACCAUGGAGGAAUAUGAUUUCUUACAAGAGUACGGGCUCAAUGACGAAGACAAUUUCGGGGAGGUUCAGUGGUCUACUGGGGAGGAUAAUCCGGGGAUGGGAGAUGAGAUGGAAGCAGCUUACGACGAGUUUCUCCGGGGGCAAUCAUAGUAUGGAGAAAACAAGUUCUCAUUUAACAACCUUAGGACGGAGAAACCAAUUUCUCAGGGGGUAAUCUAGUAUGGAGAAUAAAAGUUCUUCGGGGAUAAUCUAAGGACGAAGAAAACAAAUUUCUCCGGGGGUAAUCUUAGUAUGGAGAAUACAAGUUCUCCGGGGGUAAUCUUAAUACGGAGAAAACAAUUUCUCAAGGGGAAAUCUUAGUAUGGAGAAAACAGGUUCUUCGGGGGUAAUCUUAGGACGGAGAAAACAAGUUUUCAGGGGGCAAUCUUAGUACGGAGAAAACAAGUUCUACGGUGGUAUUCUUAGUACGGAGAAUUCAAGUUCUCCGGUGGCAAUCUUAGUACGAAGAAAACAAUUUCUUUGAUGACAACCUUAGUACGGAGAAAAUAAUUUCUCAGGGGGCAAUCUUAGUACGGAAAAUACAAGUUCUCCGAUGGCAAUCUUAGGACGGAGAAAUUAAGAAAUAAAAAUCAAAAAAACAUUUUUUUCUAUUCUUACAGCUUGAAUUCCAUGUUUAGGUGUUGGCUUAUUUAUACAUCAUUUUAUACAUGGCAUAAAUGAAUUGUAAUCAAGAUUGUUUAAAACAAACUUACCGCUGUCAAUCUUAAUAUACCGUUUCUGUAUUAUGAUAAUGAUACGGUAAGUUUUCUUAGAACAAUGCUUCUGUAUUAUAAGAAUACAUUAUGUGAUUUUGUUAUCUAAAAUUACGUGUCGUAUCGUAAAAAAGCAAUGAGGAAUACAAUUUGUUCACUUGUAAUAACGUUUUAGUGUUUCAAAUAUCAGUUCGUUAUCUCGUUUGAACGUUUCCGUAUGUCAAGAAUACAAUUCGUAGGCUUAUAAUAAUGUUUGUGUAUUUUAAGAAUACAAUUUGUUCUUUUGUAAAAACGUUUGUUUCUUCGAUACCAUACAUAGAAUAUUACAAUAUAUGAAAUCAAUAAUUAAUGAAUUUAUUUGUCAAAAUGUAUUUAAUACAUUUGUUAAGUGUAGAAAGAACUUUUUUUAAAGAUUUAUUGGCGAGGUAGUUAAGUUUUUCCAUCUCCAUCUUAGCUUGAAUAUUACAUUUACCUAAAAAAUUAACAAUUAAAACACAUUUUUCCCUCAAAAAAAGCGCUGAAAGUAAUAAAACAAUUUCAGCUAUUUUGUGAAUUCAACCAGAAAUUUUUUUUCAAUAAAGGAAGUAUUCGCAAAACCUUAAUGUUGAUCUAGACAAACUUUGUAAAUAAAAUCAUGAAUUAUUAUUAUCUUCUUUUCAAUGUUUCUUUAAAAGAGUUUCCCUGUGAUUUCCUAGUAUAAACUGUGCCAAUUAAUUAAGAAAACUGUUAUUGCUAAUUCCAACUUAAUGUUUUGUUAACAGUCCCUUUAAGAUUAAAAAAAACGAUAUCAUGUAAAUUGAGUACCUCUAAUUCUCGAAACCGAAAGAUAUUUUUUUGUUCGAUUGUCUUUGAAAGACUAACAAGUUUUAGGAGAAAAAAAUCUUAUUUUUAUUUUUUUUCUAAGAGACUAAGGGAAGAAAAGGUUUAACUCCUGUAUUGAAUUAACUGACGGUGAUUUUAUUUUUGUAACCUAGCACAUAGAAUAUUUAACAAUAUUUUGUAUUUUAUAUAUCGUCGAAUGUCUAGUAAUUUUUGUAUUUAUAAAUCGUCGAACCAAUUGUCUAGAUGAUUAUUUAUUUGUUGACUCUAAUGUUUUUUUCUUCUUUUCAGAAA